AGUAGCCACUCCCUAGUCUGGAGUCCGGACUUAUUCAGUGAAUGGUACCCCUCGUAGUUUUGACAAAUAUUAGGGCUAUUUUGGUCCAAACAUAUUCUUCUCUUCAAAAUUUCCAUUUCUGCAUCGUCGUCCUGUAUUAUGCUGUAGCUGUGUUGGUUCCAUUUCCUAAUUCUUCCCUUCCGGCUGAAAGCUAACUACUACUACUACUACUCGGCUCAAAUGGUCAUCUUCAAAUCCUACUUUCCUCCCACACCCCGGAAGUGCAGACACUGAAGCCCGAAUUAUCUUCAUUUCUCCGAUUUGAUUUUUGAAUGGCGACAUCGGCUUUCAAAUCCACCACCAAGAGGUCUCCGAUCGGACCUACCACCACCCGGACACCCGAAGACGCCGGUUCAUCCAACCGAGCUGCAUCCCACCACCGCCGCUCUAGGAGUCUCAGCCGCUUCUCCCAUCGCUUCCAUUCGGAAGACUCCGAAGAUCUCCCGGCACCCAGGGGCAGGUUCGUCAAUACGGUCAGGGGUUCAGGGUUCCCCGAAAUCAGCCUCGAUGAUCUCGCCAACGAGUUAUUUCCUUCCAUAGAUGCUAAUGGCAUAGAGGAUAGUGAGCGGCACCGGUCCACUCGCCGGAGUUCUGACGUUAACAGCUAUGCGAUGGCGUCUCAGAGACGGGGAAGGUCGGUAUCGAGGCAUUACAGCCGAGCAGGUGAGGGCAAGGGCGUUUUCGAUAAUCCUUCGGAACGCAAGGGCGUUUCGGAUGGCAGUUCGGGAGGCAAGGGCGUUUCCGAUGGUAGCUCAAGAAGAAGGCGCUCGCUCUCCGUCGCACGCUAUCAGUUUAGCGAUUCCGAGCAGUCCAAUGUUUCUUCUGUUCGACAGAGUGAUGUGGAUAAUUCUCGUAACACUAGUAAUGGUGCUAACCAGAAGAGCCUUGGUAAUGGUAUCUGCCAGAAGCCUUCAUCCUGUAGGCCAACAGAUCCCAAGCAACAAUUUGGAUUAAGAAGAUCUAUGAGCCAAAAGGAUUUGCCAAAGUCGCAUGACAGCUUCUCAAGCUACUCAUCCGCAUUAACUGAUGAUGAAGUCUGGGAUGCUCAUUCCAGUAAACAUGGGAUUGAGAGGAUAAUACAAGCAGUUUAUGCACAGAAAAAGAUAGAACAUCCUACUGAGGACGGGUUGGAGACUGGGUUGUAUGAAGUCAUGCGRAAAGAACUUAGACAUGCUGUUGAAGAAAUCAGAACAGAGCUAGCACAGGUGAUGGUGAAUACAAAGCCAUCUGUAGAAAACAGUGAUUGCUUGCAGUCAAAUAAUUCAGAUGUUGAUGUCCUUCAAGCUGUUGAUGCGAUCAGAAAGAAUUAUUCAACAAAACUAGAACAGUCAGAGAAGCGUAAACAUGAUCUCCAAGCUGAAAUCAUGGCUGAGGAGCAGCGUGGACGAGAACUUUCUAAUAUUGUAAGGGAAUUACUUCCUGAUCAAAAGAGUACUGCAACUCCAAAAAGGCCAUCACGUGCUCGAAAGAGGAGUAAUGACAGAACUAGGGUGUCCAAAUGCUUGGCUCAUGAGGCAGAAAAAUAUUUUGAGGAUUUCAUAUCAAGUGUUGAAGACACAGAUAUUUCAUCAUUUGACGGUGAAAGGAGUGAUGCAAGUUCAACACUUGGAGGAACGACAAAGUUAAGGGAUCCUAUGAUACAUUGUGGGGAAGCAGAAACAAUUGGAACUCCAGCAAGAGCUAAUUCUCUUCCAGUUGAAAUGGAUGGGAUUGUUUUGCCUUGGUUGCAAUGGGAGACCAGUAACGAUGGAUCUCCUUUAUCGUUCAAGGGAAGAAAAGAGGUGCCAGUGAAACUGCAAACUGACGUAUGUGAUGCAGUUCAGGGAGGGAGCACUGAAAACAAUAAAAAUAAUUGUUUCGCUAGUAGCUGUGGGGGUUGGAGCUCUGGAGGUGAAAGUGCUUCCCUGGCCUAUAGAGAUUUGGUGAGCAGAUUUGAACCCUUAAGCUGCAAGAGUCACUCUGUUGCUAGUGGACCACGACAAUCAUACUUUGACAUGGAUGAGUACCUCCAUCUUCAACACCAAGAAUAUGCCCUCUUUGAAGGCUGGAGGCAGCGGCAAAGAAUAAACUCAGGUGGUCUUCUACUCUGCAGUAAAUAUAUGUAAUCCUAGGCUGCUAGCCCUGUCAGUUUUGCACCUUCCAAAAUGCAAAACGUAAGAGGCUGGCUCGAGGAUAAUUCCUUGACUAGUCAAUUUUGUAUUAUGUAUAUAAAUUUUAGUUGCAAGUAGCUAGUAGUAUUGAUAUCAAAGCAGGACAGGACUUGGUGAUUAUGUUCGGUUUCCUUCUUUCCACCUAGUGUUUGUUUCCAUGUCUUGAUGAUUCUGUAUUUCUUGGUAUUAGGCUUCCAUAACUGUGAAGUUUGUAAAUUUGUUAGUGGUAAAAGACUAACAAGUAAAAUCAUAAGAAAAGAUGUUAGAACCA